AUGAAGGGAACCAGAGUCUCCGUCGUCUUGCUGGUGCUUUUGGUCUUGCUGUGUGCAGCCGCAGCGGCCAGGAGCAGGAAGGACUCCAGCAACCAGAACAGCUUCCGACGGGCGGCAAACGGCAUUUACCAAACUCUGAGCAAUAUUUUUGGAGAGGACAGCGUCAGAGGAUUGUACAAAUUCUUCUCAAAGACGACAGAGCGGUUUGUCCAUCGAGUCGAUGCCUUCAUUGACACCAUCUGGAAGAUCUGGACUGAUCUGCUGGAUGUCAUGGGUUUCGAUUCCUCCAACAUCAGCCACUACUUCAGUCCCACGGUCCUCAUCAACUCACCCGCCCGUGCACUACUCCUAGUCGGCGCUAUGCUACUAGCCUACUGGUUUCUCUCCUUGUUCCUGGGGGGUUUCUUUUACGUGCUGCACACCGCCUUUGGACGGUUCUUCUGGCUGGCACGCGUGGCUGUCUUUGCCCUGUCCUGCCUCUACAUCCUGCAGAAGUUUGAAGGUGACCCCGAGCGUGCCGUGUUGCCACUGUGCUUCAUCAUGGCAGUGUAUUUCAUGACGGGGCCUGUGGGAGCAUACUGGCGCCGGGGAGGAGGGACUGGCUCACUAGAAGAGAAGAUCGACCACUUGGACACUCAGAUCAGGGUGCUCAACAUCAGGUUGAGUCGGGUCAUAGUCAGCCUGGAACACAACGGGGAGCAGUAA